AUGUUAAGAAGAGAUAGCACAUUAAGCAAAUAAUCUCUGGAAGAUGAGAACUAAUAAAAGAUAGAAUAUGAGGUUUAGAAAUUAACACAGAUAUUAAGUAUGGAAUCAUAAGAGAGAACUUUAAUGCAAUUAAAUUAUGUAGCAAGAAGAUUGGAACGAUCAUUUACAUAUUUUAAGUAUAGAUAGUAAUGAUGAUAGAAAAUUAAAAUCUUAAUUGAGAGAUGACAUUCUCCUUAAAUUAAUAAAGUCAUUAUUUAUAGAGAGAUUCAAAUAAUAUGAGGUAGUGUUUAAUUAAGGAGAAACUGGACGCAAAAUGUAUUUCAUUUUAGAAGGUGAAGUAUCAAUUCUUGUUAAGAAUCAGGAUUCUAUAGAGACUGUUAUUCCCUAGAAAAAGAGUAAGAAGAAUGAUUUAUAUAUAGAUAAAUUGAAAACAUUUGAAGAUGUAUUGGUUAAUCGUUAUCCUAUUUUCAGAUAAGUGGCUAUUAAAAAGUAGUUUGAUUAUUUUGGAGAAAUAGCAAUUGAGUAGCGAAUACCUAGAACAGCUACAGUCAUUGCAAAAUAAACUUCAAUUCUGGCUGUCUUAACUUAUGAAUCCUAUUAAAAACUUUUAAGAGAUAUUACUUAAGAAGCUAUUAUUAUAAGAUCAGAACUUAUUGCUUAAAUCUAUCCUUUUGAUUAAUUAAAUGAAACAUCAUUAUAAUAAUUACUACAUGAUUAUGAAGAAAUUAAUUUAAAUGGUGGAGCUAUGUUAUUUAAAAGAAUGUAAAAAGCUGAUUGUCUAUAUUUGAUUAUUUCAGGUGAAGUCUUAGUGUAAAAAUGGGAAACAGUUAAAAAUAAAGAUGAAAUUGAAGAAUAAAAUAAUCUAGAUACUAAUAUGUUAAGCAAAUCAAGCAAAGUCUUAGUUAAUUUAGGUGUUUUUGGUAGAGGAUAAAUUAUUGGAGAUUUCGAAUAGUUUUUAAAUUUUAAAUAACAAUUUCCUUUACUAAGAUGCACUCAAGGAAUUGUUCAAAAUUAAGCUAAAAUCUUUAGAAUUUGGCAGAGUUAAUUUAAUGAAAUUAUCAAACAUACAUUAGGUAUGAAUUGGUAUUAAAAUUAUUUAAAUGAAAAAUACUCAUUAAAAUAAAAUUAAAGUAUUCCCUAAAUUAAACUUACUAAUCGGACUAUUAGAACUUAAUCUAAUGUUACUCUGUUUAAUGGUUUUAAAGAUCAAUCAUAUAUUAAGAUAUCAAGUGAUAGAUAUAAAGUUAUUUAAAAUGUUGAAGAUAAAUUACCUAUUGUUCCUAAAUAAUCUCCUAAAAAAAAAUUAUAAUUAACAAUAGAUUAUAAAGAUAAAACUAAUCUUAAAUAUUAUAAUGCUGUUACACCUAACCAACAAAAUAAACCUUAAUUAAAUACUAAUCAAAGUUUUUCAAUGAAAUACUUUGCAAAUUCAUUAAAACAAAGAAUCUUAGUUUAAAAGAAUGAAGAAAAUAGUAUAAAUUUUGGAUCUACUAAAUAUUUAAAAACAGAACCCUCUAGUGAAUAAAAUAUUCCAACAUGCAAUACAAUCUUACUAUCUCCUAGAUAUUCUAAAAUAAUUAGAAAAGAAGCUAGUUUUCAUAAGUUUAAAUCUUGA